CCCACAUGCUUGUCACUAAGAGUGGUUUUACGUAAAUUAAAAUGGAUCAAGAACGAAGCAAAGCGAACAGGCCAGGGUUUUUCACCCCAUAUUCAUCAGGAGACCCAACUUUAAAUGUGCCAGUUACUGCAGGCCAAGCUGGGGUUAUGUCCCCUUAUAUGAACUUUGACCCCAAUUACAUUAAAACGGGGGAAGCUGAAUUCAUAUUUCCUGAAGGAGCUGAUAAGCAGAGAGGCCGAUUUGAAGUAGCUUUUUCACAAAUAGGUGGUGCAGUUCUCGCUGGUGGUUUAUAUGGAACUUUGAACGCAACAUACCUGUGGAAGAAACAUGGACAGACUGAUGUGACAGCUAGGAUUAGAUAUACAGACUGGGCAAACACAGUUGGCAAGAGGGCAGCAUUCCAUGGACAGGCCUUGGGAACAAUUGCUGUACUAUACAGUAUAAUUGGAAUAGUGGUGGCUAAAUCCACAGGAGUAGAAGGAGAGGUGAAUAUCCUUACAUCUGCCACCGCCACAGGGGCUCUCUACAGAAUGGCUGAUGGUCAUAAAAAACUGCUAAGGGGAGGUGCUAUUGGAUUUGGACUUGCUUCUCUUUUCUGUUUAUGGAAAAAUACUGACAAAAUACGCUAUAUGCUGGAUGGAUGAGUGCACAACACUGAAAUGGACAAAUAUUCAAUAUCAUUUUAGCAUUUGGUGUGAUAGAAACUGCCCAGGUUCUAGUUUAUUAUUUAUGGAACAACUUCUGUGAUUGAUAUAUUUCUGCAGUAAAGAUAUGCCCUGAAGACUAAACUGCAGUUUAGCACUUCCACUUAUAGUUCCUAUUUGAAUUUAAUUUUGAAAAUGACUUGAAAAUACAGUAGGAAAGCCCAAUCUGUUAAACAACACAUGGAUAAGUCAUUUCCUAUUUUUAACUUAUCAUUAUACCUUAGUCAUAUUAAAAAAGGAGAUAUUACCAAUCAAUUAAUGUAUAUUACUUCAGAUAUGAAGGCAACAUAUUGCCAGUUGAGGAUGUUAUGUGAGAAAUCAUCCCCAAUGUAUGCCUUUCAGUACAUUUUUGAUACAAUGUAUAAGGAAAUGGGUGUGUAUGUCAGAAAUGUAUUAGAUCACACAUUUGAAUGAAGUGUAAGAAUGAGAGAGAGAGAGAGUGGUGCACGUGUGUGUAAAUGUAGAUAGAAUGUUGUAUGGACCAUAUGGUUAAACAAUGAUUAAUGAGAUGUAAGGUGUUGAUGUGUGUGGAUGUUUUGACAUGUGAGCAAGCAAUUGGUUGUAUAAAUAUGAUUUGUAAUUUUAGUAUAGAUAUGCCAUUUUAUAACUGUUAUAAAAUGGACAUUUUAUUUGUGUGCAAAUGUUCAUGUCGUUACACUAUAGUUUGGAAAAAUUCACAUUAACAUUGUUUCUUGAGUAUGUGUACAAACACAUUCUGUUUCCUGCUGUAUGACAUGAUUUAAAGCUAAGGCCUGCAGAAAGACCUUCUUGUACUAUAAUAACUUCAGAAAUGAUACCUUUAUGUACCGGUACAUACAUUAUUCACAUAGUUCCUGACCAGGUUUAAGUCUGGAUAUUCUCUGGCUAGUUCAGUUAAAUAUUCAUUCCUAUAUCUUUGUUUUCAUAACAUUAUUGAAUGGCUUCACACAUGUGAUAUUUGUGAAUCAGAUGCAGGAUUUUAUUGACUCCCACUGAUUUGAAAUCGAACAUGUGGGUCUGAUGAUACUACACUUUAAUGUUUUAAAUCAAAGAUUAUUAUAUAAUAUAAUAGAGAAGCUUUUGAGAAUUUUUUUAACUUUGAAAUUCUGACUAAAACAUUUCGGAAUAAAGUUGAAGUAUAGAUUUGAAAUAUUGAUUUAUUUGAAUUUUUGUCAUGUUUGUUGGUAAUAAAUUUGCAAGUGAUAA